AUGGACCCAUCUGAGCCUCAUCGCCUCUUGUCUGUGCUUGGAGGACUCGCCGCAGCUCCAAAGAGCAUGGGGGAGGCGAUCAUUGAGGUCGUGCGGAUGAUGCAGGAGGAGCGCGUGGGAGGGAGAUCCGCGUACAGCUGCUUGAUGGAGGUGAGGGCAUGGCUGAGAGACUUGUGCUCGGAGAGCUCCGAGGAAACCUUCGAUCUCUUAGAGGAGGUAGCGGACCUCCUGGUGCAUCCCCUGAGCAAGGACGGGGAGGAGGAGAAGGGGCGAGUGAAGGACGGCGUUGCUCGUGCAUUGGAGCUCGUUCCUCAAGUGAUCGAAUGUCUUGACAAACUCUCGGAGCUGGAGGAGGAGGAGAAGCUCGCCAAGUGCUGCCGCGUGCGAAACAAUCUUGUGGAUAGCUUGUUGCGCGCAAGUCACGAAAACUCAAUGCUCAGCAUGGGCAAUAUCCUCCUUGAGGUGAACCUGACGCAGGACGAGCAGCAUCGCUUGUGCAAGAAGAUCGAACGAGUGAGCCUGGAGGGAGAGGAGAGGAGCAUGGUAGCGACACUUCAGUUUGUCAUGGCUGCUUGCCAGAAGUUCCACCGCCCCUGCUGGAUGUCGCUGGUGCGAAACUUGAUGGCCAAGUCGCCGCCCUCGACGCUUGAUGACAUGUACUGUGUGCUCGGAAUGUCGCUGGAUGUUAACUCGCUCAGCUUCCUCCUCCUCCUCGAGCUCUACGACGAGACCAGCAGCGUCGACGAGCAUGACCUUCUCCUGCUCCUCUUCUGCGCCAGGAACGACCUCUGUCGCGAUUUGAUGCUUCACCGAAUCUGCGCGAUGCUGGCGAAGCAGCUGGGGCGGGAGGAGAAGGCGCAGGAAGGAGGCGAGGGGGCGAGGGCAGCGAGGCGGAUGAUGUCGGAGGUGACGAGGCGGUCGGAGGCCUCCUGGUUGAGCAGCCUCCUCCUCGAGCUCUCCUCCCUCCUCAUGCAUCUCAGCCCGGCUGCUGCUGGACUUGCUGUUCACCUUCUCCUCGACAUGUUUCACUGGCAGCCCUCCUGCCGCCCCGAGCUGCUCGCCCACUGCUUCUCCUCCCUCCUCGAGUUCGCGAGCUCUCCUCUUGUCCUCUCCUCCUACGUGAAGGCGCUGCGCAGGCUGGCGGGGAGUUACCUGCUCUCUCUGCGAGACCUGCAGGAGGAGGUGGCUCAGGGCUUCUCUCUCCUAUGGAUGCUUCCUCUCAACCCGGGCAAGUCCGUCAUGGCGGCCUUCAUGCCGCUCUGUCGCUCUGCUCCAUCGCUGGUGGCCAAGGUGGCGCUCAUGGUGAGGAAGGAGAUGCUGAGCUCGGAGGCAAGGAGAGUGUCUCUCGCUGUCUUCGGUCAGCUCUCCCUCCUCUCCUGCGGGGCCCUCGAGGAGGAGAGCGAGCAGCUGGACGCCAUCCUGUCCUUCAAGUCGAAGUUCUCCUCCUCCUCCUCCUCCAUCCGCCAAGAACUCUACUCGGGCAUCCGCAGGAUUCUGGGAGGUCUACAGGCAAGUGGACAGCGAGGGGACGCGAGGCUGAGGCUGCACGCGAGCGCAAGGACGCUGAUAGAGAGCGUCCUCCUCGAGAGACUCUCGCGCUUCUUCUGCUCGACGGGUGAGCGAAGAUGCGGGGAAGAGGAGGAAGGGAGGGGGAGAGGAGGAGAGAGGAGGAGGAGAGGUCGUUUCCAGUUGCUGCGUUGCUUCCAAGUCGUUCGGACCAACUCGACGAGGAUGGUGAGAACGAGAGACGAUGUGGCGGGCCUGCUGUCCUGCGCGUUGCAACUUUUGCUGCUUCAUCGGGAGGAGACAGGGGGGCGAACAGAAGGCGAAGAGGGGACCAGGAUCGAGAUGCUGCUGGAGGAGCUCGUGCGGCAAGUCACGGACAAUCGCUGUGUUGCAGACCUUCUCAUGGAGUCUGGGCAUGUCAGAGACGAAGAGGAGGGGAGAGAGAAGAGGAGGAGAGACGAGGAGGAGAACCUCGCCUCCCCCGCUGAGCGCCUUCCCCUGCUGCUGUCCAUCUAUGAGGUCCUGUUGGAGUUCAGCUCCUCUCCUCUCUUCCCUCCCGACUGGAUUCUCGACUCUCGUUCCCUCGCAGAGGCUCCAGCGGUCUCCUCGCCGACGACUGUGCUGAUCAGCUUCUUCUGCGCCAUGUCGGCGAUCCUGCCCAUGAUAAGGCGGAGGGACGGCGGGAAGCCUGUCGCUCAGUCUUAUAGGAGGUCUCGUCCUGCCUCUCCUCUUCCUACCUCGCCUCGUCCUGCCGCUGACGCCAAGCUUGCAAGGGCUCGAGGAGGGGAAGAAGAAAGAAGCUUGCAGGAUCGUCUCGUCCUCGACCCACAUGGAGCCCUUGAUACGCUUGAGAGCAUCAUCAGAGCGAGCCUUUCCUCCUCCUCCUCCUCCUCUGCUCCUCGAGGUGGCAGCCGCCAUCUUCUCGUGGUCACCGAGCGUAUCAUCUCGCGGCUUGUGGCGACGGCUGCGCGACCAAGAGAGGAAGGAGGAUGUGACAUGACUGAGGAGGCAGGCGGGGAGCAGGCGGGGUCGAGUCGUGCUGUUCCCCAGCAGAGCCUGUGGGUCUCGCUGCUUCCUCGUCUCGUUCAUGCCGUCUGUGAGGUCUACGAGCUUGAGGAGACUCUGGCAGAGAGAGGGGGCAGGAGGACGAAGAUGCCAGCAGGCGAUGAGGAGGAGGAGGAGGAGGAGAUGCGCUUGGAAAAAGAUGUCAAAGAGACGCUGAGAGCAAGGGGCCUCGUCUUAGAGGAUGUGGCGGACAGCAGAGGAGGUCGACGAGGCGGAGGAGGCGGAGGAGCGGCGCUGAGUGCAAUGCGAUUCUUUCUGGAGUUUGAAGGCUGCGGGGAGCAGCGAGUUGCUCUCCUCCUGGAGGGGCUGCGACGUGCGAAAGCGAGUGAGCGCAUUGAGGGGGCGGAGGCGAGCAGAAAGAAGCGAAGGAUUGUGAAGGACUCUGAAGUUUCCUCGCUGGAUCUUGUCCUUGAGAUGGUGGAGAGGUUAGAGCGAUGGGGAAAGGAGGGAGGGGGAGGAGCUAGGUCACCCAGCCGGUUGCUUCAGCAUCUCGAGUUCUGUCAGGCUGUACUGGCGACGCCUCAAGCAAGAGAGGAGGGGAGGAAGAACGCGACGAGAGCGGACAAGCUGCGAGACCUCAGCAAGCGGGCUUUACGUCGAGUGUCAGUGGGAGAGGAGGAGGAGGAGGAGCGCUGCGAUCAAGAGCUGCUCUGGGGGUCGCUUGAAGAACCUUUCCGAUCAGCUCGUACAGCAGAGGAGAUCGCAGCUCUGAGAUGGGACCUCCCCAAGUUCGAUCAAAUCGCCUGCGUCAACGCAUUACUCACCGUCGUCCUCCCGAGCCUCAUCCCCGUCAUGAGCAGGAGAACACUCGCAGACAUCUUCCAACGAGUCCUGGAGGACGGAGCAAGCACGAGCCUCGCACAGUUCGGUCCAGCAGCAGCUUCGCUCCUGCAGCGACUGCUUCUGUGCGGUCAGCUUCGCGACCUGCGGCCUCUCCCGGUUUGUAUCCUCGUCCUCGGCAGUGCGGGCGAGCGUGAUGAGGAGCAGGAGCAGGAGCAGGAGCAGGAGCAGGAGCAGGAGCAGGAGCAGGAGCAGGAGCAGCAGGAGCAGGAGCAGGAGCAGGAGCAGCAGGAGCAGCAGGAGCAGGAGCAGGAGCAGCAGGAGCAGGAACAGGGGAAGGGGCAGGGGCAGGAGCAGCAGGGGCAGGGGCAGGGGCAGGGGCAGGGGCAGGGGCAGGGGCAGGAGGGGAGGAGGUUUUAUCGUCCUCGUCACUUCUCCUUCAGGAUUCACAACGUCGCCUGCCAGCUGCUGCGUGACUUCAGCUCGCUGACCUCCCUCAAAGCUGGGGAUCAGCUCGCCUCCUCCUCUUUCCUUCGACUCGCUCGCCAUGUCAUCGGCGGCUCCGGGUCGCUCAUCAGCGACCUCCAGCUGAGCGGGCAGGAGGAGCAGGCGGCACGAGCUAGUUACCAGCUGGAGAAGGCCGUCGCCUCCGUCAGGACCCUCUGCGGCAUGCUAGGCAGGAGCAGGAGCCUUCAGGUCGAGCUCGAGAGGCUGCUGGAGGCUUCUGCACUGCCUCCACCACCAAAGAGCAAAGACGAGGACGCCAGGGCGAGCGAGCAGGUGAAGAGGAGGAAGAGACCUCAUCGGCUCCGCAGCCGCAACGCGUACGUGGACGCAUUCCUGGAGGAGGAGGAUGGACUUGACAGCUACGCGGACCUCGAGGACUUUAUCGUGUGCGAUGAGUGA